UGCGUGGCUGGGCUGCGCCCUGCUGGAGACUUUGAACUUGGGGCCUGAGCCGGGCGGGUCCCGGCCAUGGAGCGCAGGGCGGCUGGGUCCCUGGGGUCGCUCUCCGAGGAGAACUUUCUGCGCCUGGCCGAGGCCGGGGUGCAGAGCCCCGAGUUCACCGGGCUCUGCGCCCAGCUGGUGGCGGAGCUCCGAGCCCUCUGCCCCCUGGAGGAGGAUGUCAGUCCCACCAGCGGCCCCGAAGAUGCCGAGACCUUCCAGAUUGAGCUGAGCGGGUUGCUGCAGGAGCUGCACUGCCCCUACGCCGCGCUCACCACGGGGGACGUGACCGCCCGCCUGGGCAGCGCCCACCUCUGCCUCCAGCUGCUGUACUUCCUGAGCUCGGAGCUCCAGGCCGCCCGGCUCCUGAGCUGGAAACGCCCCCCUUCGCCGCGGCAGGGAGUGGGGGCCGGCGCUGCCCGGCAGGAGCUGCGGCUCAUCAACCAGGCGCUGGGCAGGCCGGAGCCGGCCCCGACCUGCCCCAUCCCCCAGCUCCUGGAGGACCUAAAAUCCAAGGUAGCGGAGGCCCUGUCCGCGCUGCCCGCCGGCCACCAGGAGAUGGCGCCGCUGCUGAGGGCGCCGCUGACAGCUCGGGGGUGGGGGCGGGGGGGGGGGCCCAGGCCGGGUCGGGGGGGUGCAGCGCAGAACCUGUGGCUCUGCUCCUGGCUCAGGGAGGCGCUGGAGGGGAUCCGGCAAGCCCUGUGUGCCGAGUACGAAUGCCGCAAGCGCAUGAUGAUCACGCGCUUCAACGUCACCCUGCAGUCCUUCCACUGGUCCGAGAGGGCGAAGGCCCAGGGCUCCGCCCUGCUGGCAGCCGUCUCCCCGCUGCGGCAGGCUGAGUCGGUCGCCUCCGGCGUCACCCUGGCCCGGCUGCUGGCCACCCGCGCGGACGCCUCGCGCAUUGUCAGCACCAGCAGCGGGCGCUGCCGCCACCGGACCAGCUGUGCCAUCAACAAGGUGCUGAUGGGCGGCGUCCCAGACCGAGGGGGCCGCCCCAAUGAGAUCGAGCCCCCCAUGCCCACCUGGGAGAAGAGGCGCGAGGGGGGGGCAGGCCAGCAGCGGGGCCGACGGGGCAAGAAGAAGAAAUGAAGCCUGCUCCGUCCCUGCCGGGAGCUCCCCCCUACACUGCAGGGGGGCAGGGAGAGCAUCCGGGGGGCAAAGACUCAAGGACUCAGAGCCCAACUAUGCAGAGUGGGCGGUGGAGGGGAGCUGGGGCUCAGAGGGGCUGCGGCCCGCUACAGCCAGGGCAGGGCCGGCUCCAGGCACCAGUUGAGCAAGCAGGUGCUUGGGACGGCCAAGGGGAAGGGGCGGCACG